UCUCUUGUUAAACCUGUCCCGUGGACUUUCCAAGAAGUAAGAAGAAGCACUAUGUGAUUCUUCCCGCCCUUUACUUGGUUGCGCAAGAGGGGAAGGGAAAAACAAAACAACAGCGAUACUCUGAACGAAAGAGAGAAAGAAGGAAAGAGAGAUGUGUGGAAGAGCACGGUGUACUCUAAGAGGCGAUGAUGUAGCAAGGGCUUGUCACCGCACCCUUCCCGCUACUCGUUCUCUCCAUAUGGACCGGUAUAGGCCAUCCUAUAAUGUGUCGCCGGGAUUCAACCUGCCGGUAGUUCGUAGGGAAGAUGCGUCUAACAGUGAAGGCCAUGUUCUUCAUUGCAUGAAAUGGGGUUUAGUCCCCAGUUUUACAAAAAAGACAGAGAGGCCUGAUCACUACAAGAUGUUUAAUGCUCGAUCUGAGUCCUUAAAUGAAAAAGCUUCAUUUCGCCGUCUGCUUCCUAAAAACAGAUGCCUUGUAGCAUUAGAAGGAUUUUACGAGUGGAAAAAGGAUGGUUCAAGAAAACAGCCAUACUAUAUUCACUUCAAAGAUGGACGACCACUUGUCUUCGCUGCUCUUUAUGACUCUUGGCAGGAUUCUGAAGGUGAAAUACUAUACACAUUUACUAUUAUUACAACCUCUUCCUCUCCAGCUCUUCAGUGGCUUCAUGACAGGAUGCCUGUUAUUUUUUGUGACAAGGAAUCAACUGAUGCCUGGCUAAGCGGCUCUACUUCCAGUUUUAAGAAUUUGCUGAAGCCAUAUGAGGAAUCUGAUCUGGUAUGA